AUCAUAUUUUGUCGUAUAGCAACUGUACCGAGUCAAACACUACCAUGUUUUCUCGCAUCCUAAAACCAGGCCUGGUUUUAUGUAGGAGUGUGACCACUACCGCACGCCUUCGUUACAAGGAUCCCAUUCAUCAGAUUUUCCUGGACAAGGUGCGUGAGUAUCGGCUGAAGAGUCCCAAGGGAAAGCCCAUAGAUCCUGGUCCAGAAUACGAGGCGGAACUGAAGGAAGCCCUUGAGCGCCUGGCUCUUCAGUACGGCGGCGGUGAGGGCGUGGAUAUGUUGGAGUUUCCCAUAUUCAAAAUGCCCGAUUUGGAUAUUGAUCCUAUUUCGAUUCAGGAUCUACCUGAGAACAACCCAAAGCCAGAAAAAGCGGGUAAAGACAAGGAAGCAAAGGCCAAGGAUAAUAAAGCGGAAAAGAAAGGGAAAGGCACGGAUGACAAGAAAGUUAAUGAAACAAAGGGCAAGGAUGAAAAGGACAAGAAAAAGUAGAUCCUGACGGAAAUAAUCGUUUUACGCCUUUUUAAAAUUUUUGCAUAGUUUAAUAGCUUUGCAUUGCAUUACAAAUUAUUAAAUAUUUAUA